AUGGGUAUGGCUAUUGACGAGGCCAUAGUAGAGUCAAAGGAUGGUGGAAAUGAUCAUGAAGAAUCCGCUGUGAUCUCUGUGGAACAUCAGCUCAUCCUGGCAUACAGCUGGUUAAAUAUUAAGGAAUGUAGUUUGCUGCUAGGAGCCAUUGCUGAAAAGUUACCAUUAUGUGAUGAAUUCUCUGGAGUUCUAUCAACUGAACAAAUUCAAAAGAUGGCAGACAUGUUUGUAAAAGUUCUCACCAAAUGCCGUCAUAGGGGUGCUAUAGAGGGAUGUAAUCUAGGAUUUAUGAAAUUGUGUUCCAGAUUGUUAUCAUCUUCCAGCCAAGAACUCUCAAGUAUUCCAAAGACUUUACUUGACCAGGUGUUCUGUUUAUUAGAUUCCUCUUUAUCAGGCACCUCUAUCACCAGAAGAAGUGCUGGAUUACCAUUGAUGGUAGAAACUAUUACUGCAUGUGAACCUAAAGGAAGAGAGAGAUCACUGCUCAAACUAUCCAUGACUAGGCUACUUCAAACUGUCAACCAUCCAAUACCAACCGAUACUACACAAACUAUAGAUUUGCCUCAGGUUCAUGCAUUAAACAUUAUGAAGUCACUAUUCAGGAAUUCUGUCCUUGGCAACACUAUGUUGCAGUAUGCAUCUGAUGUUGUCAUGGUAACUAUAGAAGGGUUUUCAUCCUCAUCAUGGGCCAUCAGAAAUUCUGCUACACUGUUGUAUGGUACAUUAGUAGCUCGUAUGUUGGGUCAAAAACGAGUUCAAGACGAACAUUCUGAUUUAAACACUAUCACAGCACAAGAAUUCUUUUAUCGCUAUCCCAAGCUGCAGUCAUAUCUGUUGUCAGAAGUCAUCAAAGCAUCAACAUCUAAUAAUAGACUUAACCUUCACCCUGGACUUCAUCCAGUCUUAACGUUGUUGUCAAAACUCGCUGUUGGAAUUCAACAAUACAGCUCUGAAUGUGCACUGUCAAGCUUUAUCCAACCUGUGAUGGAACUGUCAUCAAGUCCUAUUUAUGCUGUGAGAGUAUUAUCAGCAUCAGCACUUGUACCAUUGGUUACCAUGGAGGAACAACCAAACAUACUGUCAGCCAUAUUGGAUGAUUUACCUGCUAGUUUUGAUGCAGUCAAAUAUCAUAAUAAAUUGCAUGGAAUGUUAUUACAAAUAGAGAAACUAUUACAAUCAUUGACAUCUCAUGAACGAUUUAUGAGUUCCUACUCCUCUGUUAUUGGUAAACUUCAAGCCAAGUUAUGGUUAGCAAAGUCUGACAAUCCAUGCCCUCUCACUAGGGCAUUAUAUGUGAAUAUUUUGCUGAAAUGUCUAACAAACAUGGAAGAUGAAUCGGAGAAAUAUCAGCAGUUGAAACUCCAUGUAUUCAAAAUUGUUACAGAUUUCCGGAACGAGAACGUGGAGAAUUUGGUUUGUGGUUCUAUACUUUCAAAAGCCAUGGUAGAAGCUUCCUGGGUAUUCCAGCAGGAAGAAAACAUUAGUCAAUUCCUUCAUCAAUGCCUCUUAUCGAGUGAUACAGAAAUACAACUGUCAUCAUUACAUCAUAUCAAUCAUGUGAUCAAUUCCCAACCAAUCAUCACUGGUUCCGGAAGUGAUACAUUACUGACGCUCAUUAUAAAAGACCUUAAACAUGAAUCUAGCCAAUCAUGUUUACUGGUAAAAUUACAAAUCUUCAUCCUCUUGAUGCAGCAUGACAAUCUGUCCAUAUCAGAUGAUUUCCAUCAUUUAUGGCAGAUUUUAUUACCCCUUGCCCGGGGUGUCAAAGGCUCCACUAUGGCUGCUACUGCUGUACCUGCACUUGCUGUCAUUCUGAAAAGAAAUCUGGACUGCGAAAAGUCAAGGCAUUAUAUUAGUGAUUGGUGCAGUCUAAUACAAGAAUACAGUAGUGCUACCAAUGUGGAAGAUCUGAGGUUGGCCGUUACCAAAUCUCUUCAGAUUGUUGGUUGUGAUGUACUACAAGCCAUAGCAAACAGUCAAGAUGAACAACUAGUGCAGUAUGCUAUCAAUAUAUUUCAGUGUAGUAUGUGUCUCCUACAAGAUGAAGUAUAUGAAAUUAGAAUGGAAGGUGCUCAGUUUACGUCUUUGUUGCCACGUACAGCAAGUUGUAUCCAGUAUUCUAGUCUCCAUAGCAAUGUAGGCUUACAGCUACUGUUUGUUUACAUGUUUCACACUUAUCAAUGGUCUUGUGUUUUUGUGAUGUACAUCUUGGAUUAUAUGCAAGGCAAGGUGUCAGUUGUGGAUGUUAUUGAGAAGCAUAUCAAGGCUAGGUAA